GUCGUACCUUGCUCGCGCCCACCAGGCCAGCAAGCAGCGUAAUAUCAAAAGCUGAGUUAAAAGCAAAAGUAAACUUCUACCUCGAAGUCGAUUUCAACCAGAGUCGGUUGUCGGUUUGAGCAAGUCGCGCACGCCAGUACGCCACGAGAUGUUCGCGUAGUUGUUGAAAAAGCCGCCGCGCAAAAGACAAAACCAACCGCAAACAACACGACGUCGACUUCUGUGCGCCGACCGCAAACUCUGCUUUGCAUGAAAGUGCAAGUUUCACACUUUAAUCUACUUCGCGCCGCAUCAAUUAAAUGUCACAUUUAAACUAAAACAAGUUAAAAAUCGUAAAAUUUAAUAUUAACGCAUAAACCAUCCUUUCAGUGCAAACUUGAAACAUUUGAACUUUCAACCCAAACAAAAGUUAAAGUUGUUUAAUAUUUAAAGCUGCAAAGAUGAGACCGUUACAUGGUGUGCAUACAGUGCUCAUUAUUCUAGGAUAUUUAUUAAUUACAGAUGGUUUGGAGCACAAGCAACGCGUGAAGAAGACGCGCGCGCCUCCACCACCCCCGGAAAACGACGUCGAUUAUGACGACGAUCUCGACGAGCGCAACAAUCCGCUCAGUUCCAGCUACGUGCCGCCAGGAUUUCUCAGUCCUUCAGUACAGGAGUACCUCGAAUUGGGCAAAUCUAUACCAGGUCGACCAGGUACUGAUUAUCCCGUACUGGGAAUAGUCCCCUACACAAAUUUUUACUGCGAUGAACAGCAGUAUCCUGGCUUCUACGCCGAUCCGGAGACACGUUGCCAGAGUUGGCAUUAUUGCGACAUCGACGGGCGGCAAACUACCUUCCUCUGCCCAAAUGGCACACAGUUUAGUCAGGCUGUUUUCGUCUGCGAUUGGUGGUUCAAUGUACGAUGCGACCUUAGCGAAAGGUUGUACGUAAUCAACAGUAGAUUGUAUGGACGACCAAAGUUGGACCCGGCGAGGCCACAUCGCACCAUCACGAAACAACUGCUAGAGGACAUUUUCAAUGACUAAAUUUUAUUAAAAAAGCUAAAAAUAAAUUGCGACGCAACCAGGCAGUCUGAUUUUUUGUAAUCAGAGCGAAAAUCAAUACAAUCAAAUCAAGUUUAUAAAGUAGUUCCGUUAUGCUGCCAGAUGAAACUUUUUUAAGUAUCUAUACACAAUUUUAGUGAUGUGUGAUUGUUCAAAACAUGAAUUUUUAAAUAUGUUUGUAAAUUUGCUGCGUGAUCCAACUAGAUGUAAUAUUUUUUUACACGUAAAGGCAUAUUUUAAAAUAAUCUAUUUUUAUAAUUUGAAAAACAAAAAACUAUUUUAAUUAUUUUAGCUUUGUUGACAGUUUAAUCGUAGACGAUUUUAAUUUAUUAGCCAUUUAUAAGCUGUAAAUAGUAUUUUUUUACUUCAGAAUUAUUUUCAAAAAUUGCGUUUGUUGAAUGUAGAGUUGCCUAUCAUCAAUUUAUACACCGAUUGUUGCCAUGUUUAAAACGCAAGGAUAAUGUACGCAUAUAAUUCCUAUCUAAUUAAUUAUUAUCGGUAAAACUUACAAUAUGUAGUUUAAAAUUAAAAUUACGUCUAAUUAAUUAAGUCUCUAUGUCUAUGAAUAAACUUAGCUGUAAUUAACAUUAUUUAUAAAGAAAUAAACACCCCAUUAAGCUAAACAAAA